CAAAACACUUCCGGGUGUGUUGUGUUUCGGUGUCCGUAAAAGCAGAAAGGAAAACGACCGAGCCGAUGUUUUGACACGAUGAGCGACGAGCACUACUUGGAGCUUUGUGACAAUCUCGUACAAUUUGAAAACGCUUCGAGCGUCAACAAUGUUUUCUUCGACGAAGCCAACAAACAGGUGUUCGCGGUGCGUUCAGGGGGCGCCACGGGGGUGGUCGUCAAAGGUCCGGACGACAAGAGUUCUGUUGCCUUCAGAAUGGAGGACAAAGGAGAAGUCAAGUGCAUCAAGUUCUCCAUUGGGAACAAAAUUCUGGCCGUGCAGAGAACGUCAAAGUCUGUGGACUUCAUCAACUUCAUCCCCGACUACCCGCACACGGAGUUCACGCACGAGUGCAAGAUGAAGAACGCCAACCUGCUGGGCUUCUGCUGGACCAACUGGAACGAGAUCGUCUUUGUCAGCGACCUGGGCAUCGAGCUCUACCAGGUUUUUCCGGACAAACGCGGCGUCAAACUGCUCAAGAGUCACAGCCUCAACGUCAACUGGUACCAGUACUGCCCCGACACGGCCGUCAUGCUGCUGUCCACCACCGUGCAGGCCAACGUCCUGCAGCCCUUCGCCUUCCGGAGCGGGAGCGUGUCCAAGAUGUCCAAGUUUGAGAUCGAGCUGCCCGUUGUCCCGAAACCAGCCAAACUCAGCCUGUCAGAGAGAGACGUCGCCAUGGCGACCAUUUACGGUCAGUUGUAUGUGAUGUACCUGAAGCAUCACUCCAGGAGUGCCAACAGUGGCAGUGCUGAGGUGGUGCUCUACCAUUUACCAAGGGAGGGUGCGUGUAAGAAGACGCACGUGUUGAAAUUGAACACAACAGGAAAGUUUGCGCUUAACAUCGUUGACAACCUGGUGGUGGUCCAUCAUCAGAGCUCUCAGACGUCGUUGAUGUUCGACAUCAAGUUGAAGGAGUCGGACAGCGCCAUCAGCACGCAUCAGCCUGUACUUCCUGCUCGUUCCAUACAGCCGUGUCGCAUCCCACUCUCAGGUCCAGCAGUGGUCCCAUCACAACUUCCUGUCCCGUGUCAGCUGUACUCGUCUUCAUGGAGCGUCUUCCAGCCUGACAUCAUCAUUAGCGCCAGCGAAGGGUACUUGUGGUAUCUUCGCGUCAAGUUAAGCCCGACAGUCAAGCUGCUGCACGACAAAAGCAAACUGAUGGACUUCCUGUUACGCCGCAGCGACUGCAAGAUGGUCAUCCUGUCCGUCUGCUCGCAGCUGGUGGAAGGCAAGCAGAGAGGAAGUCUGCCCGUGGUGGCGAGCGUCUUCGACAAACUCAAUCAGGUGUACAAAGACUUCCUGGAGGCGGAGCAAAGCUACAGCGCGGCCGCGGAGGCGGGUCCCACGCGAGGCGGCGGCGCUCACAAGCGACCGAUCAGAAGCCAGGCGGUGAUCGACCAGUCGGACAUGUACACGCACGUCUUGUCGGCGUUCACAGAGAGGAAGGGCGCCUCCCACAAGUUGACCAUCGCCGUGUUGAUGGAGUACAUUCGCUCGCUCAACCACUUCCAGAUCAGCGUGCAGCAUUACUUGUACGAGCUGGUGAUCAAGACGCUGGUGCAGCACAACCUCUUCUACAUGUUACAUCAGUUCCUGCAGUACCACGUCCUCACAGACUCCAAACCGCUCGCGUGUUUGCUUCUGUCCCUGGAGAGCACGUACCCCCCCGCCCACCAGCUGUCCCUCGACAUGUUGAAGCGUCUGUCGACAGCCAAUGACGAGAUUGUGGAGGUUCUGCUGUCCAAGCAGCAGGUUUUGGGCGCGCUCAGAUUCAUCCGCAGCGUCGGCGCCCACGACAACAUGUCCGCCAGGAAGUUUCUGGACGCGGCUCGUCAGACGGGAGACGACAUGUUGUUCUUCACAGUCUUCAGGUCCUUCCAGCAGAGGAACCAACGCCUCAGGGGGAACCCGGCGUUUAACCCCGGAGAGCACUGCGAAGAUCACGUGCUUCACUUCACGCGCGUGUUUGGCGAGCAGGCGCUGAUGAAAGCGGCCACUGCCUGACCGCCAUCGCCGUGACAUCCGGCCAUGUUUUCAUGCGCACGCACACGCACUCUCUUGUUUUGUUGCUUAACAGGAAAUAAAGCAUCAUUUUAAACAACCCUUCAACUGAAUGACUAACAGGAAGUGGAAUCUAUUGUAAUAAACCUUGGGUUAGGCUAAAUAACACCCAGGGGGCAGCUUAGUUGUUACGCUGCUGCCGCCACCUUUGGCCGGUCUGCUUCGGAUUCAAAUACGAUGUAGAGAAUGUACACUUUAUGGAAGACUUUUAUGAAUGUACAGCAACUUCUAAGCAGGAAGCGGAAAUGCAAUGGCCGACAGUCCACUCUUCGCCCAUGAACUUGACCCCCCCACUAGUGUAGUUUCGUUCAGAAGAACGAAUCAGUUUAUGAAAUGAUUCGUAGUUUUAGCUCGGCCCCGCCCGCCGCCGUGAGUCGAGCGAGUCGCCGGGAGCGGAAACGGAACUGCCGAAGCGUUCUGUCACUCUUUUCUGAAUCUUGGGCGCGUGACCAAUGAGCAGCCAGCGUGCAGGCGAGGGCGGGACUUCAUUAAACGUACUGCCGUGCGAUUCGCGGAUCCGCAGCGUUGUCGCUCACUUGGGCGAAUGACCAAUGCAGCGCCGUGCAGGAAGGGGGAGGGGCUUAAGUAACAAGUGUACUGAGGACCCUCUCGUUCGCGAUCCUUUAGAAACGAGUGAUUCGGCCGUGGAACGUCUUGGUUUGCGAUCCGCUAAGGAGCGAUGUACUCGUACGAUGAGCGAUUCGUUUGCACAAGGAACGGCGUACUACGCAGCGAACGUACUCAUGAGUGAUUUGAACCGCAAGUCUGACGUCCUCGCGGGGAUUAGCUCGCAGUAGCAGCCGUUUCUUCAAGCUAACGGCUAAUGUUGAGUCAGUCGAGCAGACGUUGAAAGUAAAUGCAUAUCCGUACACAUAAGUAACAUUCCCUUUGUGUCUCUAAUGCGAUUCUUGAAGCUGUUUAUUUCAUAAUAUUAACACAUGAAACUGGUGGGCGACUGGUUCGCACAGCUGUAGGGACCGGCGUUCAAAUCCCGGCCCCGCCCGUGUGGACUUUGUCCGGGCGCUCCGCUUUCCCUCCCACAUCCCCCAAAAACAUGCGCGCUAGGUUGACUGGUUGUUUGUACCUACACGGUCAUGACAUAGUUCGCAUACACUCCUUGAAGUCUCAGCGCCCUUUGCACAAUGGUCAUUGUGCAUUGCACCGGACUAUUGCAAUAUGAGUCAUUCGAACUGCUCUAAGUGCUCGAGGACUCUGCAUCUUUUUGCACAAUUGUUUUUUCUCAAUGUCUUUAUGUCUCCAACGCGUUCUGUAAAUUGACUGUCUGUUGUACUAGAGCGCCUCCCAACUACCGGAGACAAAUUCCUUGUG